AUGAAAGUCUUUGUCAGACAAGACGAUUUUGCGAAGGAAUGCGAUACCAUAAUUGAAUAUGAUAAUAAGGCGGUAACCACUUUAGCUCAGUUGGAGCAUUUUAUUCGGGUUAAUUUCAAAACACGUGCUGAAGCAUCAAAUAACUCCUAUGAAGGCGCAGGGCAGGAUGUAGCGACGGAGGGAAAUAGUGGCUAUAGUGGUAUAAAACUUAAGCCCUUUGAGUUAAAAAAGUUUGAUGGAAAUUUCGAAAAUUGGCUUCCUUUCUGGGAGCAGUUUAAAAGAGCAGUGCACGAAAAUCCAAAAUUGUCUACAUCUACAAAAUUUAAUUUUUUGAAUGAAGCGUUAGUAGGCAAGGCCGCUGCUUCCAUAGCCGGUUUUACACCCACCGAAAAGUGUUACAGCGAAGCCAUAUUUCUCUUGCAAGAGGAAUAUGGAAACAAUGAAAAAAUCGUGGAGAAAUUUUUUCAGAAAUUAAUGAAUAUUAGAACGGUGCAGUCAACAGCAGAUAUAUAUGAAUUACGGCAACUGUACAACGAGGUUACUUCGACUAUGCGAUCGCUUGUAGCAUUUCACAUAUCAUCGGCUCAGUACGAUAUAAUGGUAAAAUCAAUUUUGUUGACAUCUAUACCAACAACAUUGCGUGUGCAAUUUUACCGUUCAUUUGAAAGGAAUGCAGCUUGCAGUAAAAUACUAAAUUCCAGCAUUGAUACAGUUAAGGAGAGCACAAGUAACGGAACAGAAAAUGAUCAGCUAAAUAAACUUCUGCAAUUUUUAAAAACCGAAAUAGAAGCCUUAGAAAAGGCGCGAAUGUCUGAGCGAGACAAAAAAAUGUGA